AUGAGAUUGGAUCUUUCAUUCUUCGUGUUUUGUUGCAAGUCGUUUCUGGGUGACGAUGAAUCUGAAACCAAUUAUUACGAUUUGUUGGGCGUGGAACGAGAUGCGAGUGCGGAGGACGUGAAGAAAGCCUACAAAAGAAAGAGUCUCCAAAUGCAUCCCGACAAACUGGCCCAACGAGGUCAAACCGUGACGGAUGAACUUCAGGCAGAAUUCACCAAAAUGAAGGAAGCCUACGAGGUGCUCAGUGAUCCACAUAAGAGAGAAACCUACGAUGCUAUAGGAGCAAGAGGAAUGAAAUGGAUUGACGAGCCGUUCAGCAUUGAUCCUCAAGAUUUGGCCACGAACUUUAGCAAGUCCUCUGUUGUGGAUAGGGCCAAGAUUUUUGCCAUUUUUGUGGCAGUGGCAGUGGCUAUUCUUCUCUUGCCUAUCUUUAUUUGUUUGCAUUUGGACGGAUCCUUUGGAGAAAAUGCUUCCUGGUUUGCAACCUUUAUACCCCUGUGGAUUUGGGACGGCUUUUUGGUGUUUUAUCAUGUUCGACUGAUCAUGAUGGGACCCAUUGAGAGACCGGAACACAUCCCAGAAGAAGAAUGGUCGGAUCCCCUUCCAAUGCCAAAGAGAUACAUGUCCUUCUUUCGAUUUGGCUUGCUUACUCUUUUCGAAAUCUUUGCCACUCUCAAGUUGGACGACUCCUUUGGAGGAAGUUGGUUGAUGGCAUUUUUGCCAUAUUACUUGUGGGAGCUUAUGUCCGUCUACAAGAAAUGGCCCAUGACGAAAAUGAAGAUUGUGACCAUUGCAGACUUGGAAGCUGCCUUAGGAAAAUCAACCGCUGAAUUUACAGAAGAAGAAAAGGAAGCGGUCAAGGAAGGAUAUGCGGUUGUGUCGUCUUUAGAAGGGGAAGAUUUCCAAGAAGCCAUCCGAGCCAAGAGUGCAGCUCGACAAGAACUGGUCAAGAGCGCCUUUCGAUUCAUUUUCAGUUUGUUUUUACUGCUACAACUUGGUGGAAGCUUUACCUUGAGCUGGUGGCUCGUUUUCUUGCCAGUAUGGGUGAUUUCCGUUUUGGUUUGCUUGAAUAACUACCAAACGUUUGCAGAAGUACAAAAGAAAGCUGCGGAAAAGGAUCCCACACUAUUCGGUAUCGAAGGAGAUCCGCUCAAUACCAGUACCGAUUAUGGAGCGGUUGGAGUGGAUGGUACUGCCACGCCGGAUGCAGCAGGAGGAGGAGCGUCUCCGCCAACCCCCUUGACCGAGGAUGAGCGAGAAAAUCUUAAAGCCGAAGUCAUGGUCCACGCCUCCAACUUGUGUACCAAAUGCUGCUCCCAAGGAUUCGUUUUGGUGCUGGUGUGUCUAUUUGUGGCAAAGCUUCAAGGUGCCACGUUUUCAUCCUUUUGGAUCAUUUCUCCCUUUUUGCUCGUGGCUGGCAUAAUACUGUGCUGUCUCGGUUUCGCCAUCUUUGGUAUUUCUGAACAACCAGAGGAUGCAGAACUAUUUAAUACUACGGCAGCCUUUGGUGGCGAGACGGAACCAGACACGGCUGCGAACUCGCCCACGAUAAUACCCACGGAUUACGCACCUCCGUCUACCAACAAACCAGAAGUGGAUAUCGAACUGGGAGGAGGGUCCAACAACACGACACCAACGACGGAUCUAGAUGCAGAUAAUAAGACUGCUGAAAGUAGUGCCGCUACUCCAGUUGACCUUUUGGACACUGUUCCGUCAAAAGAACAGACCGACAUGGGGGAUUUGGAUUGA